AUGGUGGCGGCCGACGACCGGGAGGCCGUUGAUAAGGACGAUUUGGAGGGAACUUCGGCCAACGAGCCCGAGCUAGCGACUGUGCCUCCAGUUGGGACGAAUGCCCUCGUCGGCGUUGCCAAAGUCGAGGCGGUUCAGGCGGUGUACGGAAAAUAUGGCAAAUAUUGCCUAUGGGCGGGCCUCGCGAUGAUGAUGAUAGUCUUCGAACUCGACAACAGCACCGUCUAUACCUACCAAAACUACGCCACGUCCGCGUUCGACCAGCUCGCGCUGCUGAGCACGCUCUCCACCGCCCAGACGAUCGUCACCGCCGUCGUCAAGCCUCCCAUCGCUAAAAUCUCCGACGUCCUCGGCCGGGGCGAGACCUACCUCUUCACGAUCAGCUGCUACCUCAUCUCGUACGCACUCUGCGCCUCCGCGCCGACCAUCAGCGCAUACGCGGCGGGUGCCAUCUUCUACUCCAUCGGUCAGAGCGGGACCCAGAUCCUCGACCAGAUCAUCAUCAGCGACAUCUCAACCGCGCGAUGGCGCGGGCUCGUACUCGGCCUCAGCUACUUCCCGUUCUUGAUCACGCCCUGGGUCGCCGCGUUCAUUGUGGAUAGCGUCACUCGUCAAGGCGGCAUCGGCUGGAGGUGGGGCAUCGGCAUGUUCGCCAUCAUCAUGCCGUUCGCAUCCAGCUUCAUCAUCAUCACCCUGUUGUACCUGCAGCGUAAGGCGCGCAAGUCCGGGCUGGUGCUCACCACGCGCCUGACCGUGUACGACUUCUGCUCGCUCAUCGACCUCGGCGGACUCUUCCUCCUCUGCAGCGGCGCGGCGAUGUUCCUCCUCCCGCUCACGCUCGCCGCGCAGACGCCCUCGGCGUGGCGCACGCCCUGGGUCGGGACCGUCAUCGCGCUCGGCGUUCUGUCCCUCGCCGCGCUCGUGCCAUACGAAAAGUACGUGGCGCGGCACCCGGUCGUGCCCGUCCGCUACGGGCGCAACCGCUCGAUCGUGAUGAGCUGCGUGCUCGCGGCCGUCGAUACAGCCGGCUUCAGCGCGACGCACGUGUACCUAUACUCCUGGUCCGUCGUCGCGCACAACUACUCCGCCCGCAACGCGACCUUCCUGGUCUAUACGAACGGCGUGACGCAGUGCCUGACGGGGAUCGUCGCCGGCGCGCUCAUGUACCGCUAUCGGCGGUACAAGCCGCUCGCGGUCGCGGGCGCACUCGUGCGUCUGGUCGGGUACGCGCUCAUGCUCCGCCUGCGGGGGACGACGAACCCGGCCUCGGAGCUCUUCCUGGUACAGCUCGUGCAAGGCGUCGGCUCCGGCUUCGUGCAGCAGGUCGCCGUCGUCGCGGGCCAGGUCGCGGUCCCGCACGAAGAGCUCGCGGGCGUGAGCGCGCUCGUGCUGCUCAGCACGUUCAUGGGCAGCGCCGUGGGGAGCUGCAUCGCGGGCGGGAUAUAUACGGGGGUGUUCAAGGACGCGUUGAGGAGGAGGUUGGGGAAGGUGCCCGGGGCGGAGGUGGACGAGGCGACGGUGGAGAGGUUGAUCAGCUCGAUCACGGGUACGGCGUUGCCUGCGUGGGGGUCUGCGGAACGCGUCGCGCUUGAUUUCGCGGUGAGUGGGGCCGUGUCAAGCUAUGGCGAUUAUGCUCAUAAUGCCGCGCGACACAGUUCUCAGACGUGA